CUCGGGGGGGUAAAAUGCAGUAUUAGUACGAAUUAACCAAGAAUAAAAAACCUUGCUGUUUUCACUUCUUUGCUCUUGGCCGGAGUCAUUAAGGGCAAGAAUCCAGAUCAAUCGAAUCGAUUCCUUUUGGUAUAGUAGUUCGUGGUGCUUAUUUUAGUUUAAUUGUAUUCAGAUUACUGGCGAAAACAAUGGAUAUUGGGUUGAGUGGACUUGAAUCGACGGUUGUUUUGAGGGGAGAACUCUUCAGUCAGUGCGCUAUCGAUUACCCCGGUGGCCUGUCGACUGCCCCCGAUUUUCAAAUCCCCCAGAUUAAUGACUUUGAUAAGUUCCAGAAAGAAGCAGUUCAAAUGGUCAAGCCAGCAAAGGGAACCACGACCCUAGCUUUUAAUUUCAAAGAAGGUGUUAUGGUGGCUGCGGAUUCGCGGGCUAGCAUGGGCGGUUACAUAUCAUCGCAAUCGGUGAAGAAAAUCAUUGAAAUCAACCCGUAUAUGCUGGGCACUAUGGCUGGAGGGGCUGCUGAUUGCCAGUUUUGGCAUAGAAAUUUGGGCAUUAAGUGCCGUCUGCAUGAACUUGCGAACAAGCGGAGGAUUUCAGUUACAGGGGCAUCAAAGUUGCUGGCAAACAUUCUGUAUUCCUACCGUGGAAUGGGUUUGUCCGUUGGAACCAUGAUUGCGGGGUGGGACGAAACGGGUCCUGGUCUGUAUUAUGUGGACAGUGAGGGUGGUAGGCUGAAAGGAAACAGAUUCUCUGUUGGAUCUGGUUCUCCAUAUGCUUAUGGUGUUUUGGACAGCGGGUACCGUUAUGACAUGUCUGUUGCUGAAGCCGCUGUGUUGGCUAGACGUGCAAUCUACCAUGCCACAUUUCGUGAUGGUGCUAGCGGUGGUGUUGUUAGCGUUUACCACGUCGGACCCAACGGGUGGAAGAAGCUUUCUGGUGAUGAUGUAGGUGAAUUGCAUUAUCAAUACUUUCCAGUUGAGCCAACUACCGAACACGAGAUGGUUGAUGCUGCGGCUUCUUGAGGACGUCUUGGAUCUGAUUGCUGAAACUUGUAUUUGAUCUCACAUGUUAUGGCCAAUUUAAUUUACAAGAUAUCAAGUUUCUGACCUAAAGAUUUAAAUAUGGCUAGUCAGUUAUUUUCCCUGCAUUUUUCAUUCACCAGUGAUGAUGAACUUUCAUGGAGAGUUUUGCUCUGACAUGGAAUGUGUUGCAUGCUUUAUCCUUUUUGGCUGCAAUUGUGUGAGUGAAAGAAAAUAGGGUUCUACUGGAUCCGGCUAUUAUGUUCUUUGAAGUGUUCAUUUCCUCAGAUGAUGCUAUUUGUGUCUGUCAUGGUUUGUUCUAUCUUUUUUGCUGUUACUGGACAACUCAAUCAUUAGAUCAUGAAAAUAAUCCCCCAAAAAAAAAAAGAGAAAUUAAAAUGUGGAUCAUGAAAUGAUUUUUCAUCUCUUUCGUAAACAUUUUUGUUAUGAUUGUUUCUCCGGUGGACAAUAAUUUUGAAACAGGGGAAUUCUAAACUGGACAAUAAUUUUGAGAUGGAAGGAGUUUUACGUUUCAAUAAUGUGACUCUUUUAAUUGGCUGUUUGAUAGCUUUGAUAUCUCAAUCAUCCAAGACUUCCAAGUUGUAAGUUGGAGAUGAGUGUAAUGUGACUCUUUUAAUUGGCUGUUUGAUAGCUUUGAUAUCUCAAUCAUCCAAGGCUUCCAAGUUGGAGAUGAGUGACAGAUGACAGUUGAAGAUAAUUUUUUUUUUUAAAGGUUCCUAUAUAUUAAUUAUAAGAACUUAUUUUAUUUCAAUGCAUUCUACUAUAAGCUAGAUUAUGGACUUCUUCUAUAUCUCUUCUGCUUGCUUUAUAUAUUUUACAAUAGUUAAAACUUGAACUUAAAUUCGAAGCUAAAGAUAGUCAGUCCAAUGUUUGACAUUAUUGUAUUUUCAUGGUACAAGCCAACCUGGUCUGGCUUCAAAUCCGAAUUGCAACUAAGAGAUUGUUAUGCCUUCACCAAGUCCAAUGCACCUCAAAGUCUGCCAUUUCAUUGACACAGAUAAACGAUGGGAAAUCUCUCUACCACUCACGGUUCACAUACCGGAAACUGAUCCCUCUAUGAAAGAUGAACUCAUAUGGAUUCAUGACAAACAAGGUCAAUACACCGUAAAGUCGGAAUAUCAUCAAGCUACUAACAUCGCUGCAGCUUCCCUCCCAUCAUCCUCAUCUCCUCAAACAUUUAUGUCUUUUCCAAGCCAGAUAUGGAAAAAAUUGUGGUCACUCAAGCUUCCUGUCAAGAUCCAGCAUUUCACAUGGAAGUUAUUAAAUGGGAGAUGUGCCUCGGCCAGGGAAUUAAGGAAGCGAGGUAUUUCAAUCUCUCCCCUUUGCAUCGAAUGUAAUCAAGCUGAAGAAACAGAUUCCCACAUUUUUCUAGAAUGUGAUAAAGUACAACGAGUCUGGUUUCUUUCACGUUUUGGUUUCAACUUUCAGGAAGGGGUGAAUGAGACGGUCCAACAAUGGUUAACAAGCUGGAUAACAGAGACACCGGAUGGUGAAGCACUGGAAGAAUCGCCGGUCAUUCUCUGGAAUCUUUGGAAAAGUCGUAAUAAAUUAUACUCCCUGUGUCCCAAAAUUAUUGUCCAGUUUGGUGUUUCAUUUUUAAUACAAUUUGUAUUGAAAGUAAAAUUUCAAACACGACAAUAAUUUUGGGACGGAAGGAGUAUUGAGACAGGUUGAAAGAGGAGCCAAAGACAAUUGUAGAACAAGCUCUUGGAGAGUAUCGUCUCUAUCAACAUAACAGGAACUCAGAGCAAUCUACAUUAUUCCAUCACCAAAGAACAUCCUCACUUUCAUCAACUACUGAAUCAUCCCCGACAGUGAUUUUUGACGGGGCUUUCAACAAAACUACGCUAGCAGCGGCUGGAGCUUGGGCCAUACUGCCGCAAAUUAAACGGACGUUCACACCGCACAAUUUCACGCAAUUUCAGCACUACAAGCAGAGGCUCUCACAUGCCUAGCAACCAUCAAAUAUAUCGUCCAAAACAGACUCAUGGUAGAAACUAUAGGGACGGACUCUCUUAACUUGGUACACUUCCUCCAUCAUCCGCAGAAAGCUCCAAUGGAAAUAAAGGACAUAGUUCAGGAUAUUCUAUAUUACAAAUCCUUACUUAACAACUGUAUGAUUAUUAAAGUCAGUAGAGAUAGAUUAAAUUUAGUCCAUACUCAAGCAAAGGCGUGUAAUCGAGACCUUGUUUCUUA